AUGAAACUGUACGUAGUGUUAGCAUUGUUAGUUGUAACAUUGCGCUAUUCGGGAGGCCGCCUUAGCGAGAAGAUCUUGGAGCCAAGACAAGAAGGAGACUGUUCAAGAUUUGUGUACGAGUAUAAACUUUUAGAGAAACUUAUCACACUUGAGACAGAAUAUGCAAAGUUACAACAACGAAUAGCAGAUCUAGAGAAAACAAGGAAGAGCUCAACAAAGGUAUCGGUUCAUGUGCGUCUUGCAAAAACAACACCAUUAAGUGGUACAGAAAGAGUCAAAUAUGACGUGGAGAUAUAUAACACAGGAAGCGCAUACGAUUUGAAAAAUGGUCUGUUCGUAGCUCCAGUGCCUGGAUUAUAUCUUAUACACGUUCAAGUUUGCCUCGGUGUGUCUAACCAAUGGAUUGAUUUAAAUAUUGUAAAAGACGGGGCAGUUGUUGGACGAGUGUUUUCUGGAGACCAUAAUUACCAUUCGUGUGGUUCAGAAGCGUUGAACAUACAUCUACAGAAAGAUGAUACUGUCUGGGUAGCAAGGGAAGCUGGGACGGCAACAAGUUUAAAUCAAGAUCAUGGAUGGAACUCCUUCAAAACCAUAUUGAUUCAAGAGGAUUAA